CUGUUCUUAAGAGUUGCUAAAACCGAGAGCUGAAAAGCCCUUUGUAGAUGAUCUUCACUCUUUAACAACUUCUGUGGCUUUCCAGUUCCAUAAUUAUUGACCCUGAUGGCCCACUGCCCCAAAAAUGAAUACUUUGAUAAUUUGCUGAUCUCUUGUAAGCCUUGUCAUCUUCGAUGUUCUAGUACACCACCGCCUUCAUGUGAAAACUACUGUGGUAAACAGAAUUCUCUCUUUGAUAUAGAAGUUUUAUGUGUUGGAUAUCUUUACUGUUUCAUUGGCUAUUAUUUACAAUUUAUUCAAUGCAUCUCUUUUAUUUCAUAAGGUACUGAUUCAAGUGGAGUUCUUUGGAUUUGCUUGGGCUUAGGAGGAAUUUUAAUGCUCACUCUGUUCACCUUAAUGGUCUUGUUUAAGUGGAAGCACCUAAAGCAUUUAAAAGAAAAGCUGAAAAACACAGACUCUUCUGUGGAGUUGAAUAAUAUUCUCAAGGUUAAUACUGAAAGCAAUGUGACUAUAGAAGGAAUUAGACACUCACUUCAAAGUGAAACAUUAAUGUAUUCAGUGGAAGAAUGCACUUGCAGUGACUGUGGCUUGGUAAAACCUCAAACUGGCUGUGAAACUUCGUUUCCAUUACCAGCCACAGAAGAAGGAGCUACUGUCCUAGUUACCACAAAAUCUUUUGACAGUUUCAACUAUAUUCUGGGCGUCGUGUGACUGUAAGAGAAGUAUAUUUUUACUGAAUAAUAAUAAAGUAGUUAUUGCAGUAUAGCUAUUAGUCUUAAUACUGCAGUCAGUGGAGAAGGCUAGUACAUAAUCCUUACAGGUCUUCCAUUGAACUUUCAUUAAUGUUGUCUUCUUAUAUCUAACAUGUCUUUGUUCAAGUAUUUAUACAUUAUCCUGUGUACUAAGCUAGUUUUUGGAAUUUUUAAUUUCUGAAAGUCUCUGCAUUUUCUGCCUUUGGAGACUGUAUUGACUUAUGCCAGAUACAUAUGAAAAUUUGCAAAUAAAUAUUUAAUGUUAAACUUGUGCUAAAAAAAAUGCUUGAUGGCACAGAUAAAAUGUUCCAAGAAGCAGAAAUAAAGACCCAUAUUGUAU